GCUAGCUGUCAGCAUGACAGAGGAGUGUGAUGUAAGUUAACUAGCUAGGUGUCGUUUCACCUGACAUGGCAUGUUAAGUUACUAGAUUAUUCCUUUAGUCUGGUGUGUGGGGUGCCCUCCCACCCUUCACAUUGUUGAGGGACAUUGUUUGAAUUGACAGCUGCUCAAAUCAAUCAAUCAUUUAUUAAUGAUCAGGGUCGGUGGAGUUCGUCUGUCGGCACCAUGAGCGUCCCCCGGUUCUUGUCUUCCACUGCCCGAAGCCUCAGCCUGCCGGGUCCCACCGCCGGGCUUCUCUGCUGCCGACUGCUGGGCCACAGCUCCCUCACAAGAAGAAGAAAUAUGUCUUCCAAAAGGCAAAUGGACCAUCUAGAGAGAACAGCGAGCAACUCCAGACAAAAUGCUCUGUAUCCAGCUCAAGUAUGUGGCAUCAUAAACGUGUCAGAGACGGUGAAAUGUUUGAGAAUAGCAGUCCAUCCAGACUUCAGUUUCAAAGCAGGACAGUGGGUGGAUUUCUUCAUCCCCGGUGUGGAGAAGGUGGGAGGUUUCUCCAUUUGCUCCAGCCCGGGUUUGCUGCAGAAAGAGGGCGUCGUUGAACUGGGCGUCAAAUACGCCAAACACCCCCCAGCACACUGGAUCCACACAAUGUGUACAGUGGGCUCCCAGGUGACCAUGCGAGUCGGCGGAGACUUCUUCUUCGACCCGCUGCCCUCUGACCCCUCCGUGGAUUUGCUGCUAGUGGCCGGCGGCGUGGGGAUCAACCCCUUGUACUCGAUCCUGUUGCACACCGCCGAUCUGCUGCGCCUCAACCACGCCUCUGGUGGGCGGGAUUACAAUAUAGGCACUGCCCACCUCUGCUACAGCGCCAAGAACACCCAGGAGCUGCUCUUUAAGAGCUCCAUCAUUGAGGCGUGUCGGGAGUUCCCUGACAAGCUCUCCUGUGACCUCCACGUCACGCAACAGAGCACAGAUGUCGACUCGCACCUCCAGCCAUUUAUCAACCGCGGGAGAAUCACAGAGGAGGAGUUGCGGGCUCAUGUGGACCCACAAAGGACUUUGUGUUUCCUGUGUGGGCCCCCGCCCAUGAUCGAGGCACUUUCAAAAAACCUCAUGGACUUCGGCGUCCCGAAAGAGAGAAUCCUCUUCGAGAAGUGGUGGUAGACCUUCUUACGAUUCCCAGACACCUACAGGGUCGUCCUCCUGGAUUGUGUUCAAAGAAAGCAACUGAAAUAUUCCAGUGAUACGGAUGUUAAUAUGAAGACCUUCACCCUCCGAUCACUACUACUGCAACCUGUGCCUGAUCUGCGAUAGACCACUGGGACCAUCAAGCUAGCAGCUGACUCACAAUAGACAAGAUUUUAUUUCUUAUAAUUUAAAAAGGAGGACUGAGCAGACUGUAAAAUCUCAAUUUUAACAACAUUUUUCAGCUGAAUAUUGCAACACAUCUGCAACUGUGUAUGAUGUUACAGCUCUUACACAUCUGAUCUCAUUUCCAGCCUAUAUUUGCAUGACUGAGGUUCUUCUUGAACAAAUUAAAAGGUGAUGUUUUAGGGUGCUUUCACACCUGCAGUUGGGUUCAUUUGGUUCGGACCAAGACGGGAAAAAAUGAUACAUUAUUACAUUUUAGUUCUGGUACGGUUCUUGUUCACACUGACUUUUUACAAACAAACCAGAGGAGUAAACAUGACGUUAUACAGAGUGACAGGUAACUUGUUGAUUGGACAGUUUUGGCGAUUGUCAUCCUGCAUCAUCAGGACCCUUGUGGGGAAAUCUAAUUCCAGUGACUGACAGAAGUUUCUGCAGCACUUUAAUGCUCCAAAAUGACUAAAAUCACAUAUCCGCUAUCAUAAAAUCCUGUGGUUGGUUCAUUUGCUUUCACACCACAAACACACCGCACCAGAGUCCACUUGGAAGCGGACUGAGACCCAGGGUCUGAUUGACAACCUUCACACCAGCCCAAACGAACCGUACUAACCGAGAAAACGGACCUGAGUUUGUUUUAACCGAACCAAAGAGGUUAGGUGUGAAAGCACCCUCAGUCUUAGACCCAAUUUUCACCUAAAUGUUUUUAAUUAAUUUACUUGUGCGAGCAUGCCUUGAAGCAGUAAUUUUACAUUUUUGGAAAAAAAUUUUUUGCCAAGAGUUAGAUGAGUAAAGCUCAAGUGUCUCAUUUGUUUUACAAAAACCGAAGUGUAAAAACAGCACUUUGUGGUUGUAUGGGGAGUUAUGUGUCCAACUUUUUCCAAGGAAGUCACUGCACCCGUACAAGAAAUAGUCCGGCACAAAACCCCCCGUAAAACUGCAGCUUGUUGUUUUUGCACGGAUGAAACAUACACGAUAUAACAUGUGAAAUAGUGAGCUUUACGCAGAAUUUGUCAACUUUUUUUUACAGAGCCAACUAGCUGUUUACCCCUCUUUCCAGUUUUUAUGCUAAGCUAACCAGCUGCUGGCUUUAGCUUCAUAUUUAGUGGACAGAUGUGAUAGUGGUAUUGAUCUUCUCAUCUAACUCGGCAAGAAAGCGAGUGCAAGUGCAAUUCCUAAAAUGUCAAACUAUUGCUUUUAAGUCCCCAGGAUAUGGAGGAUCAGUAGCAAUCUGUACUAUACUACUACUAUACUUUACACUGUACAUAAGUGUUUGACUAACUCAUUUCCUUCCAUCAAAAUACCUCUGCUCAUUUGAUAAUGUGUUCUUAGAAGUGUUAUACUUUGUGUAUAUAUAACUCAGAGCUAUUUAUUUGCAGAACGUCAGAUUUUAGAGUUGUUUGGCUGAGUUACAUUGGAGCGAUUGUUUUUCACAUUUCACUCAACAUGCAAACUUCACACCGAGUGUAUUUUUAGAGUCAAAACCCAACAAUCUCCCACAUAUUGGCCAGUGUCCCUGCCUCAAUCACACACUGUUACAGUACAUGCAUACACGGUGCCCGCCUAUCUCACAUACACUUUGACUCAAUCACACACAUCCACAUGCCCAUAAACGGUCCCCGUCCCGGGGUGGAGUGAGUAUCCCAUGGCGCUCUGUAAUGGAACCUCCAGGUGGUCUCUGAUUGGCUUGGAUCGCUGAACAUCCCUCGGAGACGGUUGCGAGCUCCUUGUUGUCGUCUCUCAGCGGGUGUCACGCUGUUGAGACUCAUUUUCGAGUUGUUUUUGCGUUUCUUUCCUCAUAUGAGGAAAACGGUUUAUGCUGUUAACGUGAGAUUUAAAGGAAAUAAAAGAAAUGGAGUCAAUCUGUUUUUUUAAACA